UGAAACAUUUGCAUCAAAUUUCUAUUUUGCAGACCGUCAUGUACAACGUCGUCUUUGUUCUCGGCCCACCAGGAUCUGGAAAAGGAACCAUUUGCACUCAAAUUCAUGAGAACCUCGGCUACGUACACUUGUCAGCUGGAGAUUUGCUCAGAGCUGAGCGUGAAAGAGCAGGAAGCGAAUAUGGAGCCCUUAUCGAAGGUCAUAUCAAAAAUGGAUCCAUUGUGCCCGUGGAAAUCACAUGCGCUUUGCUGGAAAAUGCCAUGAUCGCUAGCAAAGACGCCAACGGCUUCCUCAUCGAUGGGUUCCCGCGUAACGAAGACAAUUGGUCGGGAUGGAACAAGCAAAUGGGCGGAAAGGUUAAUGAGCAAUUCGUGCUCUUCCUUUCAUGUCCAGUCGACGUUUGCAUUGACCGGUGCCUUCAUCGUGGGCAGGGAAGAACCGAUGACAAUGUCGAGUCCUUGAAAAAACGCGUAGAGACCUAUAAUCAAUCGACGUUCCCAAUUAUUGAGCACUUUGAGAAGGUUGGCAUGGUUCGAGAAGUGAACAGUGAGAGACCAGUCACGGAGGUCUACGAAGAUGUUGUCAAGGUAUUCGCGGCUGCCAACCAAAAAUAGAACCAGUUUCUCGAAUUAUUCAUAUUAUUUUUUUCGAAUUGUCUCUAUUCCUCCAUUUACUUCCAUUUUUUUCCUGUCUCUCUUUCCUUCCAAUUCCACCACGGUUCUGUUUCUUUUUUAUUGUUCUCUUUUCUCUGCAUUUUUGCCCUAAUCUGUAACUAUAAACUUUGAAAAAAGAUAAGAUAGUGUA